UUUCAGCCUCCUCCUGGUCAGCCUUUUGCUCCUUUCCUUUCAUUAAACAAACCGGAGAUCUUGAAACCUGGACCCUGUGCAAGCGGCAGCACCGGGAGGAGGCGGCGGAAGAGGCAGAGCGCGGGAUGGGCGCGGAGGGGGAUCUGUGAUCCCGCACACCCCCGCCCCACGGGCGCGCGCGCACACACUGACACUCUCACACACACACGCACACGCACACUCGCACAAACACACUCCUAUACGCCCGCGCCUUGAGCUCGCCGGCUUGCUCUCCCACGCAGGCGGAAUGCAGCAGCGCCAGGGUAGCGUGUCUCCGAUAGCUGCCUGAAUGCACUGAGCUCCUGGGAGCCCGACUGCCCAGCAGGGCACAUGGGAAGACGCUCCGCCGCCGGAGCUGGACACUUGUAGACGGUGCAGUCUUGCUACAUACUGUGAGAAAUGGCCGUAGGAAACAACACUCAACGAAGUUAUUCCAUCAUCCCGUGUUUCAUAUUUGUGGAGCUUGUCAUCAUGGCUGGGACAGUGCUGCUUGCCUACUACUUCGAAUGCACUGACACUUUUCAGGUGCAUAUCCAAGGAUUCUUCUGUCAGGAUGGAGACUUAAUGAAGCCUUACCCGGGGACAGAGGAAGAAAGCUUCAUCACCCCUCUGGUGCUCUAUUGUGUGCUGGCUGCCACCCCAACUGCUAUUAUUUUUAUUGGUGAGAUAUCCAUGUAUUUCAUAAAGUCAACAAGGGAAUCCCUGAUUGCCCAGGAGAAAACAAUUCUGACUGGAGAAUGCUGCUACCUGAAUCCCUUACUUCGAAGGAUUGUGAGAUUCAUAGGUGUGUUUGCGUUUGGACUUUUUGCUACGGACAUUUUUGUAAAUGCCGGACAAGUGGUCACUGGGCACCUAACGCCAUACUUCUUGACUGUCUGCAAGCCGAACUACACCAGUUCAGACUGCAGAGCCCACCAUCAGUUCGUAAACAAUGGGAACAUCUGUACUGGGGACCUAGAAGUGAUAGAAAAAGCUCGGAGAUCCUUUCCUUCCAAACACGCUGCGCUGAGCAUUUAUUCCGCCUUAUAUGCCACGAUGUACAUCACAAGCACAAUCAAGACGAAGAGCAGUCGACUGGCUAAGCCGGUGCUGUGCCUAGGGACCCUCUGCACUGCCUUCCUGACUGGCCUCAACCGGGUCUCUGAGUAUCGAAACCACUGCUCGGAUGUGAUUGCAGGCUUCAUCCUGGGCAUUGCAGUGGCCCUGUUUCUGUCUCUUAUUUGGGGUUUUCGGCUGUUCUGUUCUUCUGUAGCCACGGGUUUCAAGCAUAAAGGCAGGCAGGCAAAACUUUGCCCUAGUUACCUAUUGUUUGGUGAGGCUGUUUCUAGUUCAGGUUCUUGA